CGCGCACUGUGGGCGAAGCGCUGCGGGGAGCAGAGGGGGCCGGACUGGAAACCAGGACUUGCAGGGCCAUGGACCUGGAGAGCAAAGUCAAAAAGAUGGGGCUCGGGCACGAGCAGGGAUUCGGUGCCCCCUGUUUGAAGUGCAAGGAGAAAUGCGAAGGGUUUGAGCUGCAUUUCUGGAGGAAAAUCUGUCGGAACUGCAAGUGUGGUCAGGAGGAGCACGAUGUCCCGACCAGCAGCGAGGAAGACCGCAAGGUGGGGAGGCUAUUCGAGGAUACCAAGUACACCACCCUGAUCGCCAAGCUGAAGACGGACGGGAUCCCCAUGUACAAGCGUAACGUCAUGAUCCUCACCAGCCCCGUGGCGGCCAAGAAGGACGUCUCCAUCAACACCGUGACUUAUGAGUGGGCCCCUCCUGUGCAGAAUCAGACGCUGGCCCGCCAGUACAUGCAGAUGCUCCCGAAGGAGAAGCAGCCCGUGGCCGGCUCGGAGGGGGCACAGUACCGGAAGAAGCAGCUGGCCAAGCAGCUCCCUGCCCACGACCAGGACCCGGCCAGAUGCCACGAGCUGACGCCUGGCGAGGUGAAGCAGAUGGAGCAGUUCGUGAAGAAAUACAAGAAGGAGGCGCUGGGCGUGGGCGACGUGAAGCUGCCCAGGGAGGUGGACGCAGGCGGCGCGGGGGACCAGAGCAACGUGGACGACGCGGACCCGGGCGCGGACCGGGGCAUGGCUGCGGCUGUCGGGGCGCUGGAGAAUAAAUCUGCAGCCCCGAAAGCAGCCCAGUAUUCCUGCUACCACUGUAAGCUGUCCAUGAAGGAAGGCGAGCCGGCCGUGUACGCCGAGCGGGCCGGCUAUGACAAGCUGUGGCAUCCGGCCUGCUUCGUGUGCAGCACAUGCAACGAGCUCCUGGUGGACAUGAUCUACUUCUGGAAGAGUGGUCGUCUGUACUGCGGCCGGCACUACUGCGACAGCGAGAAACCACGCUGCGCCGGCUGUGACGAGCUGAUCUUCAGCAAUGAGUACACCCAGGCGGAGGGCCAGAACUGGCAUCUGAAGCACUUCUGCUGCUUCGACUGCGACUGUGUCUUGGCUGGGGAAAUCUACGUCAUGGUUAACGACAAGCCCACGUGCAAACCGUGCUACGUGAAGAACCACGCGGCGGUGUGCCAGGGCUGCCAUAACGCGAUUGACCCCGAGGUGCAACGCGUAACGUACAACAACUUCAACUGGCACGCGACGACGGAGUGCUUCCUCUGCUCCUGUUGCAGCAAGUGCUUGAUUGGCCAGAAGUUUAUGCCCAUUGAGGGGAUGGUCUUCUGUUCAGUGGAGUGUAAGAAGAUGAUGAUGUCCUAAGGAGCGAGCCCCCGGUGAAGAUCGAGACACCCCUGGGCUCUAAAGAGGUCUGCACUUCUACUGUAAAAUGAAUUUGGGGCAUGGGGAAGUGACGUUGAAAUCAUCUUAGAAGUGAAUGCAGAGUGAGUGUAAAACGCAGUGUUUAUUCUGUAUGCUUUCCUUUGCUCUUUCCCUUUGUGAUAUUGGUUUAAGUGGGCACGGCAGUUGCCCUGGACAGUCCUGAAAUGUGGACAUUUUUGUUCAGGAAGUCGAGACAUUUUUAUAUUGAUUAUCCAUCCCAAUCAGGGCCAGAUUAACACAAGGGCUUAAAUGACCCCAGAUGAUGGUCUUUAUAAAUUCAUCCCAUCCCAUCAAAUCUUGGCUUUUAAAGGGGAUACUACUCUUUUAAAGUGCAGGGAAUCGAGCAGCAUGAGAGGAGCUUGCUUGUCCCCAGAAGUGUCUCUAAAUAUCUCCUGCCUCAAUUAGCCCAACUGAGGGUGGAGUGAUUAAUGCAAACUUGUACUUAUUCCACCAGCCCCGAGCUCCCCAUUUCCAAGAGAAACCUUGGUGAUUGUUUGGGAGAGGUCACUGAGUGAUAAUACCUAGGAUAGGGGAAAAGUGUUUGAGGUGUAGAGGUGACAUCUAAGCCAUGUAUAUGUUUAUUCUUCAGGGUGUUUUGCUGCACUAUGAGGGGUCCUUAAAUUUGGAGGGCAGAAGGAGGACCUCCUCAACCCCACUUUGGUAACAGCAAACCACAGGGUGCAGUGCGGAGCGGAAGAGGGAGUCUCCUCACUCCUGCUUCUUCCUUCCCGUCUCCUCCUUCGCUCUCCUUCCCUCGCCCCACCCCCGAGACAAAAGACUUCCUGGCCCCGACUGCCCAGGCCACCCAAGGUUCCCCUGCAACCCUUCCCUCACUCUGGCUGGUGAGGCUGUAAUGACGUUAUUGAGGAUCUUGUAGGGGCCCCCACUAGACUCUCCGGCCCGAGGCCCCGACUUCUCUUAAUGCUGUCAUGCCUGGCUGCCUAGUCUCCUCAGCAAGCUCCUUAGCACUAAUUGAUCCAAGAACUGGACCUGCCUGGCUCAGGUUGAGAAGGGUGGAGUGGUUUAGUGUUGGUUUGUCCCACAUCAACAGGACAGGGUGGUGGUCCAGGCUGGAAGGAAUAAUUGGGGUGUCCACACGGGAAGCCUUGACAAGUUACAGUCAGUCCUUUGUUGCCUCUCUCCUGUGACUGUGUCUCCUCUGGCCGGCAACCUAGUGGUUUCCCCUUGGUCUCACAGGGAUGCAAUGCUUCGGGUCUGUGAGCUUGGGGAGUUCUUCUGGGUCACGAGGUACAGUGUGGCCUUCCCUGGGGGGGUUGAAACUCUGACCUAUGGUAGUAAGAUUAGAAUUUCCAUCACGGGUCAGAGUGUCUGCUGGCCUUUUAGAAACACCUAGAGCCUGCUUUUUAGAGUGAAGCCAAAUAUGUGCUAAUUUUUAUGUAUUAGUCCCUGGGGCCUCUUUGUAUGAGUGCACUUUUCUUUGGAAGGCUUGGUCUUUGAAUCCUUCUAAUUCUGGCUGAUCGUGUACUUUUUUUUCUUCCACCCGACACUUCGCCUUUGCCUGUAAGUUGCCAAUGAUGAACCAGAGCUCUCUAUUUACAAAAGCGUCAAACUAUGCACCUGGAAGUGGAGUGGUAUGUGUAUUAACACUCCCAAUUAAAGGCUUUGAUCACAUA